GGAUAAAUAAACUGAUAACACCGGACAUUGCUAUCAUUGCCGAAAAGCAGCACAUAAAAAUAGUAAAAGAACACGAAGACCGCCGCUUAUCUCGACAUCCCAUUCGACCAUUUUGCACGGCAAUUGUUCUCGUUGUUUCACAGCGAGCGGGUGUUUGUUUUGCUGUUUUAAACUGGCCAAAUCAUGACUACGGAUAGAAAAACAACUUUCCUCACUGAAGAGCUGCCACGAAAAAUUCUUCACUACUGCCCAGAACUCGAUGGCGAGGGUAAGAUUUCCGAUGUUCAACUAUCAACGCCAGAUCAUUUGGAUGGUUUUAUGUCGACGAUUCACAAGCUUUCGUUUAGGUACGAAAGCAACGAUGGAACUGUCGCGCAAACGUUGAAACUGAUGGUUAAGGUGAUGAAGGGUAGCGACGAGUUCCGGGAAUCGUCCAUGGGCAAAACACAAUUCACCAAUGAAAUCUACAUCUACACAAAGGUGCUGCCCGUGUUUCAGGAACUCCUAACCGAUACCGGCCUAGCGGGAGACUGGUGUCCGAGGGUGUACUACGGAGAGGCGGGUCACUUUCCAACCUACAGCGACCAGUACGAAACCAUCCUAGUGCUGGAGGAUAUCUCUCCGCUGGGUUACAAAGCGGGACCCCGGCUAGAUCUGGAGGAGGAGCAUCUGCGCUUAAUGGCACGUCAUAUAGCAUCGUUUCACGCGUGCACAUACGCCAUGCGUAUCCGCAACGAUGCCCGAUUAUCCUUCCUAAUCGAAGGCAUUGCUCCGCUGGACUUUGUGUCAGGAGAUAAAACGUUCACCAGCUACGAUGUGCUGCUAAAGUUGGGCGCAAACAGGCUGUACACGUAUCUGGACGAUCAUCCCGAGCAGCUGGAUAGUGAAGCGUUCAAGCGGGACAUGAACAAUCUUCGCCAGCGGUACGGUACAACGCCGAUCAGUCUGAUGCAGGAUUUACUUCGUAAGGAUGAGACAUUCUCGGUCAUACUGCACGGUGACUACAACCGCAACAAUGUGCUGUUCCGUGCGGAUGGCGCUGGCAAGCCGGUCGAGCUAAAGAUGUUCGACUUUCAGGAAAAUCGCUACGCAACGCCCGUUAUCGAUUUGACGUUUUAUAUGUACAUGAGCAUGACGGAGGAGAUGCGCAACCGGUGCUGGGAUGCGGUAGUACUGGAAUAUCAUACCGCACUGCUGGAAAGUCUGGCCGCUAUUCUAAAAGUACCACAAGAGGAUGGUCUGCUGGAUCCGUAUCGGCUCGAGCCUUUUUUGGAACAUUUCAAGCGUCAUGCCAUGUACGGGGUGAUUGUGACGUUACACUUUCUACCCUGGAUGAUGUGCCCGGAGGAGGAGUGCGAACAGUUGGCGCACCAUUUUGCGCGAGACGUACACUCGAAAGAGCUGGCCCACUGGACGCUGGUGUGCGGUGGCGAGGAGGUAGACAAAAGGCUGGUGGGAGUGUUGCGACAUGCCAGCAGCAAGGGAUAUUUUGAGAUCGUGAAGGAGUAGAUCACGCUUUUAAAAUGAUUUACUAUUUUGUAUAAU